AUGUAUUCGCCUACCCAACAACAGUUCAACACGGAGACGCAAGACCAUCACUAUCAUUCUGCGUCGGCAGUGGGUAUCCAUAAUAACGACCCUAACAACAACAACAAUAACGGCGCCGGCGGCAGCUUACAUACGACAGUUGGCGCAGUCCCUGUACGGAAUAACCCAGCUUAUAAUACUUCGUCGUCGUCAUAUAGUUUCGGAGCCGCUUCGCUUGCCAUGAGCCCUACUUCAACGACCGCUGGUGGUGGACGUGGCAUUCCGUUUGGUGAAGCUAAUUCCCACCAUUGGUUUGGCACAAGCAUGGAUUCCGUCGGUUCGUCAUUCGGACAGUCACCGCCGAUCUUUGGUGGAGCAGGAGGACGUGGGGAUCUAAUCGUCUCCCCCUCUACAUCAACAAGCCAGCUGGACGGGCUCACAGCUGGAGAGGAGGACGAAACACAACAACGAAAUUUGCAGGAAAUAUUCGAGAAACGUCGCCGACGUCGGGAAUCGCAUAAUGCUGUGGAAAGGCGGCGGCGCGAUAACAUUAAUGAGAGAAUUCAUGAGACUGCACCCACAAGCUCAAAUGUCAUGUCCGUAUCUACCAAUCAAGCUGGAGCAAAUGCGCGGGCGAUCAACAAGGGAACUAUUCUCAGAUUGUCAGUGGACCAUAUAAAAGAGCUUCAAGUCGAAGUGACGCGGUAUCAAGAAAAGAUCAAGGAAUUGGAGGAUAAGAUCGACGACCUGAAAAGCGGACCCGGAGCAGUAGGGCAACAACAACACAGCAAUGCUGCAUCAGGAAAUGAUUUCACCGACGAACGCACGAGUUCAAUCCAGUUUCAACAACAGUUUGGUAACCUGCAUAUUACUCCGAAUGAUAUGACACGGCAACCAUAG